GUAUCCACGAUCUUGGAGCAUCGGUGUACCACUGCAGUUUGAUAGUGGAACGAGCUCAUGAAAUAAACAAAUUACCAGGGAGGGCUUGUUAUUCGCUGGCUCACACCGAAUCUUCAUCUGCUAUGCCAACUCAAAUGAAACCUUUAAAAGGUCCUGCCAAGACGAACUCUAGGGAUACCAACUUACCUACUAGGCACAACCUUGGAAUGCAUCUACCUCGCCUCAGUUUUAAACCUGCGCGGUCCUCCAGAAAUCGGACAGAAGGCCAAGGGCUGGCAACAGGCUCUAAUACCGGAGACUCUCAACUCUCAGACUGUCCUGCGCCUUCAACAGCUGUUCGAGCACGAUUUCCUUCCGAGAACACGACCAUCAGUGCAGGCGCUGCAAUCUUCCACAUCGCAUCAAAACGCGUCGUUCUUUGCUACCACACACGGGAUAAAUACUAUUUCCUCCCGAAGGGCCGCAAAAACUCUGGAGAGUCGCUGGAGCGCACAGCUGUACGAGAAGCAUGGGAAGAGAGUGGAUAUCGAGCGCGUUUGAUCGGAGGUGCUUGGCCUCAUAAGCAGACACAUGCUGAUGACUGCACGGAUGAUGACCAAGAUUUUGGGAUCAUCAAGCAAGACGGACAUGACAUCGUGGUCAAGUGGUCACUAGAUGCUGUCUGGACGGAAUUGAUACCUCUGCACCCGAGUCGGCCGCAGGCCCAGUAUAUUUUGUUCUGGUACAUCGCCGAAACACUUCCACCAAACUUACAACAUGAGCUUGAUACGCAAAGUUCCGACAAGAAAGUUUAUAAGCAUGCAAAGCCUAUGUCACAUUCCUUGACGAUCGAAGAGCGCAUCGCGAUGGAACCUGAAAAGUACAACCCUCCUCGAAUGGAGCAUACAGGUGUAGACUCGGAAGAAGCUUGGUAUACCGCAGUUCUUGUAGAUAUCCAAAAGGCACAGGAGCUUUUACUCGACGAAACUUCCGUCGACGUUGUCAAGAAAGGCUGGAGAGGCAUCUGUGAGCGUAGAGAAAUGGAAGACAAGUCUGGAAUGUCACACGUUCUGUCAAACGUUCAGCAAUGAGGUUAUGUAGAAGGACAUCCACACCUCUAGCGAUAUAUACAUGCAGGAUGCGAACACGUCAGCUAUAUCUCGAGAUAUGUGCGCGCAGCAGUAGCAGCUAAGUUUGAGAAGCAAAUAAGACGACUAGGACUCCAAGACGAAUGAUCGACAGGAAGCAGAUACUUUACAAAUCGAGCCAAUAUUACUGUCAAGAGAGUCCAAGGCGCAGUUCACACACCGUAGUUCACGUGUAACAUAGCUGCUAUCCUUCUCGUCUCUAAAUUG